AAAAAAACGAGAGGCGCAUACAAAAAGAGAUUUGUUGGGCUCACCGAUUUCCAUUGCUCCUUGCCUCUGCUUCCGCUUCUCCUUCUUCACAAAUCGGGAGAUGGCUUCCUUCGGCUUCGGAGCAGCCGCCACCGUGGCCAGCCGUGCCGUUGUGGCCUCCGCCACCUCUAAGACCGCAGGGGGUGCUGCGGAGGAGAAGGGACUGCUGGACUGGAUACUUGGAGGGCUGCAGAAGCAGGACCAGUUCUAUGAGACGGAUCCCAUCCUAAAGAAGGUGGAGGAGAAGAAUGGCACCGUGGGAAAGAAGAGCACCGUUUCGGUGCCGGCCAGCAAGAAGAAGAACGGCGGGUUCGGCGGCCUCUUCGCCAAGAACUGAUAGGAAGGACCGUGGGGCUUUCAUCUUCCUCUUCUGGUUCAUUUUGCUACUGUUAUGGGUGGCUCUCUGUUAUAUCCUCCUUGAACCUCUGUCCAUUUCCUUCUUGUAUUCUUGAUGGAAUUCUGUUACUCGAUUCGCAUGACCAGCAGCUUUUAGCUUCA